AUGUCGGAACAAACAAUGGACGACGUCUCCAAGUUUUUGCAAGAUGUCAAGGAGAUGAAUGCUCGCCGAACCGAAGAAGACGACGCCCGUCAACGCGAACUCGACGAAAAGAUACAGCAAGAGAAGAGAGAACGACAAGCUCGCCGCGCCGAACGCGCUCGAUCCAUUUCCCCUCAGAAAUCGUCCCCGGCCAACACCCCACCACCCUCCUCUCGAGGUAACACACACACGACGCAGCUUUCCGAUGACCUAAGACUGUCUUCUCCCGGUCUCGAACACACAGGCAGCCCUCGCCCUCUCUCACGAGGCAUCGCAGCUCCCGAAACCAUGGACAGCUUCUCAACCUCUCCAACCAAGGAGAACGAUUCCCCCUUUGACGCCGAAAGCAAGCGAUCGAGCGUGACCUCUCCUACCGGCGGCGUACAAGGAGCGCGGCCGCUGUCGUGGCAGAGACGUCCCAACUCUCAGCAUUCGGAUCGAUCCAAGAGCCGUCCCUUGUCCGUCGUUGCCGCCGAGAACGCGACCAGGACCUCGCAGAACCCAACUCCCGACCCCUCCUCCGCAACCGAGCAGACCUUCUCUAGGGACCAAAUCUCCCAAUCACUGGGUUCCAAAGACCCCGCGUGGUUCCGCCAAACGGCCGAUCGUGCCAGCGUCGGCUCAGCUGCAAAUCGCAAGAGUCAGGUUGAGGAUACCGAUACCAACGACAUGUCCUCAAUGCGCGCCCAUCAGCUCCCCGGCAUGAACCGCAGCUCUUCGACAGACUUGUCUGCUGAGCAGUCUAGCCCGACGAAAGACACCAGACUGGGCUCUCCGCUGUCACUCGGCAGCUCCCAGAGACUCGACCCCCCUGCCGAGAUCUCCGAGAAUGAUCCCACAGCGCUGCGCCGAAAGUCAAUCAUUGGAUCUGGUCGCUCGUCACCCACGCGACCUGUUUCUCCUACCAAGGGCAUGGGUGGCUUCGUCCAAAGCGCAAUGAUGAAGAGGUCAGACAGCGUCAAGAGAUGGAGUGUAACCUCUCCCCCUGGCCUCGUACGCGCCGAUUCAGCUGCUUCAAGCCGGCCUGAGUCUCGCUCCCGUCCGCAGAGCAUGUACAUGCGGGACGGAGCUGCUACACCUACGGGGUCAUCUCACUCUCGGUCUCUGUCCCGCCCCGCCUCUCGCCCUACUUCUCGACAUAGCAACCAGGAACAACAAGACGAGAUCGAGACUACACCAAAAGCACCUGCAGCAGCACCUCCUCCCGAAGUCAAGCCUGAGGCCAAGCCCGACGUCAAGCUCGAUACCAAGCUCGAUAACAAGGAGGAGGACAAUAAGGAUGUGACACCGCCAUCAAGCCCUUCGAAGACUAUGGAUUCUAGGAGAUGGAGCCCGACGAAGGCAAGCUGGCUGGAAACUGCACUGAACAAGCCAGAGUCUCCGAAACCUAAGCCUCCGCCGGUAUCAAACCAGCCAGCUUGGAUGGUGGAGCUCAACAAAGCAAAGGCUCACAAGGCUGCCAACCCCAGUGCCGACCUUGGUCGAAGCGGCUCAGUAUCAUCGCAGAAGCACGAAGUCAAUGUCGGCGGGCUGAUGCGUUCAUCACCGAUGGGAAGCCAUGUGUCCAAGCCCUCUGUAAGUGGUCUCAAGGGUAUAUUUGCACCUCCAGUGCAAACCCACAAGACCGGCGGCAGCAUCAGCAGCCCAAGCUUUCGCACCAGCACAAUCAAGAGCCCGGCAGGCGAGGACAAACCGGAAGGAGAUGCUCUGCCCGUGGAUAUUCCAAAGCGCUCCUCGGUUAUUGACAGCCCUUCUGUGGCUAAAGUCAAGCCUGAAACACCUCCCAAGAAGGAUUUCCGCGCUGGCCUGAAGUCAAGAAACGUCUCUGGCGAUGCUUCUUCUUCCAAAGAGCCCGCCAACGAGUUGCAGAAUGUAUUUGGCAACUUGCGACGGACAAAGACGCAGAAUUACGUGGCGCCAGAUGAGCUGAAGAACAAUAUUUCGCGCGGCAAAGCGGCCUUGAAUAUGACCGGUGGGCCGAAGCCUAGCGAGCGCAAGGAUGAGUUCAAAGAUGCGAUUUUGAAGAAGAAGCAGGAUUUCCAGGCUGCUCAAUCGCAAGGCAAAGGCGUGGUUAGAACCAAGUCCAAUGCAUCUGAGAACCCUGUUCCAGAAGCUCUGCUGAAAAGACAUGCGUUGAGCAAGUCGAUCUCGGGCAGAUCAGAUACUACCUCACCCUCCGCUAUCGAGCAUCGAAAGUCUGUCAGUGAGAGGCCCAAGUCAUCGUACAGAGACGAUUCCAAUGAGUCGGUUGCUUCGCUCAGGUCGCCUUCUGUCAAAUCGCCCUCUGCCAGGUCGCCGUCACUCAAAUCGCCUUCUAUCAAGUCGCCAGUAGAAUCUGGACCUACAGUCGAGGUUCAGAAGGAGAGCAUUGCUCCUGGUCGGCUUCAGGGACGUGCCGCUGCCGGUGGCCUGGCGGGCCGCUUCAAUCCUGCACUCGCAGGACUUUUGGCCCGUGGUCCCCCUCCCAUGGCUACCAAUGGAGGGCGUGAUGCCGAAAAGUCAGAAGAAUCGAGCGGGGCGCCCGCCGAACCUACGGCUCCAGGACCUCAGCUUACACACAUGACUAAGGGUCGUGCUCGUGGGCCGAGAAGAAAGGCGCCGUCUUCCAAGGCUCCCUCCGCAGCUGCGCCAAGCGCAGAAGUGGCAAGCGAAUCUAAGCCCAGCCCAAGUGCUCUCUCACCGACGAAGGACGAGUCGCCUGUAGUGGAAGCAGCCGUCAAGAGCCCCGCAAAGGAGGCUCCAAUGUCCAUUCAAGCUCAGGUCGCUGCUCAAGCAGCUGCCAAGAAUAGGCCAGCACCUCUCAAGCCCUUUGGCACCCCUUCUAAGGCUCCCGCUGAGACGCCUGCAGAACACUCUCCAGAGAAGCCUGUUCUCCCGGCCAAGGAGGAAGAUCCCGUUUCAAAGCGCAGGUCCCGAUCUCCUACGAUGAAGCUCCAGGCCUCCCCGAUCAAGCCCGUCGAGGAGAAACCCAGCGAACCCGCCUCUCAGCCUACCUCACCUAAGAAGCUGGACAUGAAGCGAAUGUCUAGAUUCUUUGAAGAGAACAACCAGUCGAGCCCAAAGCCUGAAAGUCCCAAAAGGGAGAGCCCAAAGAUGGACAGCCCUCCCAAGAUGAGCAGCCCGCCUAAGAUGGUCAGCCCGACGAAGGAGAGCCCCAAGGUAGAGAGUCCCAAGAUCACCAGCCCCAAGGUUGCCAGCCCGAAGAGAGAAAGUCCGGCUUCGUCGCCAAGCAUCAAGCCCAAGCCCGUUUUCGAGAAGCCCUUCAGCCCGCCACCCCAAAAGUCGGAGGAGGAAGUCAGACCGAAGCCAGUAUUUGAGAAGCCUCCUAGCCCUGUACUUCAGAGAAGCGAGGAAGUCUCUCCUGUCAAGACCUUCGGGCGGCCUCUCCCCGAGCCUAAACCAAGUUCUCCUGCAAAGCCUUUCUCGGACAAAGUGGAGGAAGCUCCUGCGCCCACCAGGACUUUUGGACGCCCGCUGCCCGAACCAACCCCCAGAUCACCCACAAGGUCUCCCGUUCGGUCACCGCCGCCUAAUGAGCAAUUCGAUAGCCCUCACGUAGCGCCUCUCAGAACCUUUGGCCGACCUCUGUCCAGGCCCAGCUCACCUCAAAAGUCGAACGACAGGGUUGACAGCGAGCCUGUUGUGUCCGUCAAGAACGCUGCAUCGAUGUUCGGCGGUGCUGUGGUACGGUCGCCACCUCUGGAGGCCAAGUCGCGAUUUGAGAGCCCGGUGUCUCCAGUCCAAAGGACCGGCACUCCCACGAGGAUCUCUACAAGGCCCCUGCCUAUCCCACCGAAGCCUUCCUCGCCUACACCAGUCGCAUCUCCUAUUCGAUCCCCCACGAAGUCAAGCUCAGAGGUCUCCAGUCUAUUGGAUGACUUCUUUGGCACACCACGGCCACAGAGGGAGUACCGUCUUGACACCACUGAAGUGUUGAUGAACAAGCCUCGGGUGCGCGAUAUUCAAAGUCAAGGCACCAGGCUGUUCCAAAUUACUGGGGACGGGAAGAAGAUGCCUGUACAAUCACACAACGAGCGUAUCUUGUUCGAGCGGGAAAUGUACAUCUGUGCUCAUACAUUUUCCAACGAGGCUGGCUGGAAGGAGACCGAGGUAUAUUUCUGGGCUGGUGACGAGGUACCGGCAGCAACUGUGGAAGACACGACUCUGUUUGUCAACCGGGAGGCUCGUUCGCUUGGCGGCAAGCUCGUCAAAAUGCGCCAAGGCAGAGAAACUCCCGAGUUCAUCAUGGCGCUCGGAGGUAUGAUCAUCACACGUCGCGGUACCAACACCAAGUACGACUCCUUGGCACCAAGCAUGCUGUGUGGUCGCCGGACGCUUGGCCAGGUUGUGUUUGACGAGGUCGACUUCUCAUCUGCAAGCCUCUGCUCCGGGUUCCCUUUCUUGAUUACGCAGUCAGGAAUGUGCUAUCUCUGGAAGGGCAAGGGCAGUGAUGUAGAUGAGCUGAGUUGCGCCCGCCUCAUUGGUAUGGACUUGAGCUUGAUGGGCGAGCUCAUAGAAAUCGAGGACGGCAGCGAGCCGGAUAGCUUCUGGGCCAUCUUCAACGACGGCACGAAGCCGCUCUCUGCAGACCACUGGCGUUUGAAGUCCAACUACGACAAGUACUGCCAAAGACUCUUCCGCUCGGACGCGUCUGCGGCGAAGCAGGUCACUGAAAUCAGCCCGUUCACUCAGGCUGACCUGGACCCUUCCUCCAUCUACGUUCUGGAUGCAUUCUUUGAAAUGUACAUUAUCGUCGGUAGGACGGCGCAGAGCGAGUACAGCUCCUUCCGCAACGCUCUUGACUUUGCGCAAGAGUAUGCCAUUCUGGCUAGUGGCAUGGAAGAUCGGCCCUUUAUCCCCAUCUCGACAGUCGUGUUGGAAGGCAUUCCCAAAGACCUGAAGAGCGUGUUCCGCAAGUGGCGAGACGAGUCUAGCCCGACCAUUAUGCCCCAAAAGGCGGCGUCAGGCCUGAAGCGCGGACGAUCUCUGCGCGUCGUUCCCCUCACCCACGCGCUCCAGGCUCUUAGUGAGUAA